AUGUCCGAGCAGCCUCCCACCAAAGACUCCUCCAUCGAAGUGACCACCACCAGCCCCCGUAACCACCCUCGACAACCCCCUAUCUCCGUGAUCGACAGGCGCGAGAGCUUAGUUCCUACUCGCAGCUCCGUGGAAGUGGUGUUUACCAUCACUGAAUAUGGUCCCGGGUACCUCAGUGCGGAAAAGAAGAAAGAAGCGGAGAAGGAAGCUGAGAAGGUGGACGAAGGUGUUGUGAUUGGCAAAGACGAGAACGGCCAAGUCAGCAAGGGCGAGAGCAACAAGAUCACCAAGGCCGAGAGCAAAGAGCACUAA